AUGCCGAACGACGGCGACGAGGGGGAAACGCUGCUGGGGGUGCGUGGCGCCUUCCCCGCGUCGUUCGGCCGCCAGGAGGAGCGAGUCACGCCGCUCGAGGCCGUUCACGCGCAGGCGGCGCGCGCACACACGGAGCGCGCCGGAAUGAAGGGGAAAAAGAAGGCUUGGGGGAUGAAGUUCGGCAUCGGGCCGAGCCUGGCGAAGAGGUUAGGCGACGGGGCCAAGGCAGGGCUGGCGGGAGCAGCGGCGGUGGGAGCGACGGGCGCUGGAGGUAUGGCGGAGGGGGGAGGGGCAGUCAGAGUAGCGGACGGCAUGGGCGGAGAGGAAGCAGCGGGGCGCAGUCGAGGGAGGCUGGCGGUAAUCCGCUUAGUGGCGGUGCUGGUGGGGCAAACGGGGAGGCGGGAGGGGCGAACGGGGGCGGGGGUGGGGCAAGAGCGGGCAGGGAUGGAAGAGCAGCGGAUGGGUGGGGAGCAGCGGAUGGGUGGGGAGCAGCGGUGGUGCGGGGCGAGGCAAGGUGCGCUUGCUGUAGCAGGCGCGCUGGCUGUAGCAGCCGGAGAGGCCACCGGCAACGGCGCCAGUCACAGAUGGCAAGGCGAAUCCAAGCUCACCCUGUCCCCCUGCCCUUCUCGCCCCCCCGGCGUGCAGGCAGUGGCGGCGCUGGCGGUGGACCCAACGGGCACGAGGGUGAUCAGCGGCAGCUACGACUACUGGCUGCGCUUCUACGACUUCCACGGCAUGGACUCAAGGCUCAACGCCUUCCGUCAGCUGCUGCCGUGCGACGGCCACCAAGUGCGCGCCGUCUCCUUCAGCCCCUCCGCUGACCCACUGGCAGUGCGAAGGCCAAGGUGUGCGCAGGCCAAGGUGCGCUCCUCCCUCCCAUCUCCCCUCUUCGGGCAGGUGUACGACAGGGACAGGGACGUUCUCCUCCAUCUCGCCCGCCCCCGUGCUUUUCUUCCCCCUGCAGGUGGUGAAGCCGAAGCUGGCGCGGCCAGGGAGGGUGCCGUGCCGGUGACAGCAGCGGAGUGGGGCCCUGAUGGCCACCUCAUGACUGCUGGCCUCAACGAUGGCUCACUGCAGCUGCAAUUCUACUCCAAGGAGACGCUGGAGCUUGUGCGCGUCACGGGCGUGUCGCCCGACCAGAGCGUCGUGCGUGUGCUGUGGCACGCACACCUCAACCAGGUGGGUGCUGUGGCACGCACGCCUCAACCAGGUGGGCGCUCUUCUUUCUCAUCGUACCCAGAUGCUUAUUGCUUUUCACAGCACUGUCAGCACUCUCAAGUGUUGAUCUGCCCCCCCUUCCCUCCUCAAGUCUCAUUCCAACAGCCAACACCCGCCCAGCAAAACCCAAAUAUAUUCGCCACAUGUGGAGACAAGAAGGCGGGCGGCACACACAUCCUGUACGACCCCACGCUCAGCGAGCGCGGUGCGCUGGUGUUCGUGGCGCGUGCCCCCCACGCACCGCGCCCCAAGGACCUGUGUGCGUGUGCGGCGGCGCCCGCCAUCCGCAACCCGCACGCGCUGCCCAUGUUCUGCGACGAGCCGAGCCGCAAGCGGCAGCGCGAGAAGGCGCGCAAAGUCCCCGUGGCGAGCCAGCGCCCCGACCUGCCCAUGGAGGGGCCGGGGCAGGGCGGGUGCGAGGGCGGGCUGCGGGAGGAGACGUGGAUGGAGGAGGACCCGCGUGAGGCCAUCCUCAAGUACGCGGACGCAGCGGCCAAGGACCCGCAGAUCAUUGCGCCCGCCUACGCUGCCACACAGCCCACCACGCUGUUCCACGAGUCCGGUGACGAGGACCAGGACUUGCGCCCGGUCACUGGCACACGCUCCAGUGUGAACAUUUGA